AUGGAGGAGUCCUCUGUUCUUCUCUGCAAGGGGUGCACCCCAUGGCAGGGGUUUCUGCUCACAGCCUCUCUUUUAACCCUCUGGCACUUGCCCACCACUGCCCAUGUGACCACUGAAUUGGCACCACUUCAAGUGGCUGAAGGAGAAAAUGUCCUUUUUCUUCCUCAUGAUUUUCCUGAGAAUGUUACAGCCUUUGCCUGGUUCAAAGGACUAAGAAACAUGAAACAAGGAAUCGCAGUUUAUAUACUGGGCCACAAUUUAAGUGGUCCGGGGCCUGUGCACAGCAGUAGAGAGACAAUAUAUCCCAAUGGUUCCCUGCUGCUGGAGAAGGUCACACAGAAGGAUUCAGGAUACUAUACCCUACGAACCUAUAAUGGACAUGCAAAAAUCAUAUCAACCACAUCUAUAUACCUUCAUGUGCAUGCUUCCCUUUUAACCUGCUGGCACCUGACCACCACUGCCCAAGUCAGCAUUGAGUCAGUGCCACCCCAAGUGAUUGAAGGAGAAAAUGUUCUACUACAGGUUCAUAAUCUACCAGAGAAUCUUCUAGCCUUUGUCUGGCAAAAAGGGGUGAAUGAGAUGAACCUUGGAAUUGCACUAUAUUCACUGGCUGAGAAUGAAAGUAUGACAGGGCCCUCACACAGUGGCAGAGAGACAGUGUACAGCAAUGGAUCCCUGCAGAUCCGCAAUGUCACCCAGAAGGACACAGGAUUCUACACCUUCCGAACCAUGAAUCGACAUGAAAAAGUAUUGUCAGUGACAACCACAUACCUUCAUGUGCACACCUCCAAUUGUGGGCACCCUCCCACCUCUGACAAGCCCACUAUUGAAUUAGUACCAUCCAGCUUUCCAGAAGGAGCAAGUGUUCUUCUAGUGGUUCACAACCUCCCGAAGAAUCUUCGAGCCUUUUUCUGGUACAAAAAAGCGGUUGUGUUCAAGAACUUUGAGGUUGCCCGGCAUGUAAUAUCCACAAAUUCAACUGUAUUGGGCCCUGCACACAGUGGUAGAGAGACAGUGUACAGUAAUGGAUCCCUGCUGCUGCAGAAUGUUACCUGGAGUGACACUGGAUUCUAUACCCUACGUACUCUGAGUACAGAUCUGAAAACUGAAUUAGCACAUGUGAAACUCCAGUUGGACACCUCUCAUUGUGGACCCCAUCCCACCUAUGCCCAAGCCACUGUUGAAUUAGUUCCACCCAGCAUAGCUGAAGGGGGAAAUGCUCUUUUAGUGGUUCAUAAUCUCCCGAAGAAUCUUCGAACCAUUUUCUGGUACAAAGGAGUGACUGUGUUCAAGAACCAUGAGGUUGCCCGACACAUAGUAGCCACAAGAUCAAGUAUACUGGGCCCUGCACACAGUGGUAGAGAGACAGUGUACAGCAAUGGAUCCCUGCUACUCCAGAAUGUUACCAGGAAUGACACUGGAUUCUACACCCUACGAACUCUGACCACAGAUCUGAAAGUUGGAGUAGUGAAUGUACAAGUCCUAGUAGACACCUCCCUUUCUGUGUGUUGUAACCCUCCCACUUUUGUCCAGCUCAUGGUAGAGUCAGUGCCACAGAAUGUUGUUGAAGGAGAAAGCGUUCUUCUCCUUGUUCACAAUCUACCAGAAGAUCUUCGAGCCUUUGCCUGGUACAAAUCAGUGUAUAACACCGAGAGUUUUAAAAUUGCGGAAUACAGCAGAGUCAUGAAUUACAUCACCCGGGGGCCUGCCUACAACAGCAGAGCAAUGGUGUACACCAAUGGAUCCCUUCUUCUCCAGGAUGUCAAGAAGAGAGAUGCAGGAUUCUACACACUACAAACUUUAAGCAGAGAUUUCAAAAUUGAAAAAGCACAUGUACAACUCUUUGUGUACACCUGCAAGCUUCCACCCAAGGAUGCCCAGUUCUCUGUUGAAGCAGUGCCAUCCAAUGUUGUUGAAGGGGAAAAUGUUAUGCUACUUGUUCAUAAUAUCCCAGAGAAUCUUCGAGGCUUUUCCUGGUACAAAGGGGUAACCUUCGUCAGCAGACAUGUGAUUGCAGGGAAGGAAAUAAUUGCUGAUAAAAGUUGGCUGGGGCCUGCACACAGUGGUAGAGAGAUUGUGCACCCCAGUGGAUCCCUGCUGCUCCAAAACACCACCCAGAAGGACACUGGAUUCUACACCCUACGGACCUUAAAUACACAGUUUGAAAUCAAAGAAACACAUGUGUACCUCCACAUAUACAAGCCUGUGACACAGCCCUUUAUCCGAAUCAACAGCACCACAGUUACAGCACAGAACUCUGUGGUCCUCACAUGCUUCUCAAGAGAUACUGGAGUCUCCAUCCGUUGGAUCUUCAAUAACCGAAGUCUGCAGCUCACAGAGAGGAUGACACUGUCCCCAACAAAGUGCCGACUCAGCAUAGAUCCUGUCAGGAGGGAGGAUGCUGGAGAGUAUCAAUGUGAGGUGUUCAACCCAGUCAGUUCAAAGACCAGUCUCCCAGUCAGCCUGAUUGUGAUGAAUCCUCAGUAUGCUGCUGAAGAGGAAAGUGUUCUUCUCCAAGUUCAUAAUCUUCCAGAAGAUUUCCAACCCUUUACUUGGUACAGGGCAGUAUGUAGUGUUUCAUAUUUUGAAAUAGUUGAACAUAGCAGAGAAGCACAUAACAUCAUCUGGGGUGAUCAAUAUAGACAAAGAGAGACUGUGUGCAAUGAAUCCCUCCUGCUUCAGGACAUCACUGAGGAAGAUGCAGGAAUGUACAAACUAGAAAUUUUGAAACGUGAUUUCAUUGAAAAAUUAUAUGUGCAAUUCCAUCCUCAAGUCACAAAGCCCCUUGGAUCAAUCACUAACAGCAUAGUCUCAUCACACAGAUCUGUGAUCUUCACCUGUGUAUCACCUGAUACUGAUAUCUCCAUCUGUUAGAUCUUUAAUAACUGGUGCCUGCAUGUCUCAAAGAGGAUGAUUUUGUCCCCAACAAAGUGUGGACUGAGGAUAUACCCUUUAUGGUUGGAGAAUGUUGGGGAGUAUAGGUGUAAGGUCUCCAACCGUGUCAGUUUACAGACCAGUCUCCCAAUCUGGUUUCAGUGA